CCCGCUGCACACUCGUGUCCUCACGAUGUUGGGUUGUUGCUGUGCAUGUUAGGCUGUGAGACAGAAGUGUCCUCAUAGUUAACUGUAUGUUUUUGUGUUUUUUGCAUGUAACUUUUGACACGACUGUAAAUCGCUAUAAAUUGUCGUGAAACGUGUUAGCCCAGCAGCUGCUAAAGACGCGUCUACGUUAGCUGUUAGCUUGUUAGCAGAGUUGCGUUUAACUUCACUGCUGGAGCGAAGCAUGUUACCGUAGCUGUUUACUUUGACAACCUCGGAAAUAACAGGAAACAACUUUGAGAAACGUCUGAAGCUGUGAUGGAGACAGCAGCAGAAGAAACUGCUGAAAAAAGGACAGAUGUGGCAGUGAAGGGUGAAGCCGCAAUCAAACCACAAUUUCUUACCACCAAAGACAAAUUUCACAGGUUUGUAGACUCAGAGUGGCAGGGCUCCAAAGGAGGUGAAAAUGACACCGCUGAUGAGCCAAAAGCAUCUGAUGAGGAACCCGAACCCAAAAAGCUCAAACUGGACUCUGACGAUAGAAACAGUGCAGGGAAACCAGACAGCAAACGGCUUCGGGGACAGAACAAGUCGAGACCGCACAUUAAGCCGACCACCUAUGAUGAGAAACGACUGUGUCUCUCAGUCAUCCAGAACAGGGAAUGCCCCUUUGGAGACAAAUGCCAUUUUCACCACAACGUUGCAGACUACUUGGCCUCAAAGCCCGCUGACAUCGGGGAAAGCUGCUACCUCUAUGAAACAUUCGGAAAGUGCACGUACGGUCUCGCCUGCCGCUAUGCCAAGGCGCACACUACGCCUGACUUCAAAACCAUGGAGAAGGCAGAUGUGAUUAAAGCUUAUGAAGGCAGGGUCGUGGUGAAGAACAGCUUGAGCAAAGACCUCCAGAAUCGUCUGAGGAAGCGCUCGGUGGCCUUCAAGAAGUCGGCAGAUUACCUGAAAACACUGGCAAAUUACAAAGACAAGAGAGAACAGCAAGGGAACGGUAACGCUUGUGCUGCUGAAGUACCUGCAGAUCCAGCUGGAGAGAAGCAACAUGCAUCAACUGGAGCAGAGCUGCAGGCCAGCCCAGAUAAACAGCCUCUGGUGAAGACUGUUGGCCCGCUGACUGAUGCAGACGUCAUCAAGUUGCGCUCAUGUGAAAAGAAGCAGGUGGACUUCACAGACAAGCUCUACCUCGCUCCUCUAACAACUUGUGGAAAUCUGCCUUUCCGUCGUGUGUGCAAGCGCUUCGGUGCAGACAUCACCUGUGGAGAGAUGGCCAUGUGCACGAAUCUGCUGCAGGGUCAGCAGUCGGAGUGGGCUCUGCUGAAGAGGCACGAAAGUGAAGACAUAUUUGGUGUCCAGGUGGAAGGCUGUUUCCCCGACACCAUGACCAGAUGUGCAGAACUCAUCAACAACAACACAGAUGUUGACUUUGUGGACAUCAACUCCGGAUGCCCCAUCGAUCUUGUUUACAAGAAGGGCGGAGGCUGCGGCUUGAUGACGCGCACCAGAAAGUUUGAACAGAUAGUCAAAGGAAUGAACUAUGUCCUCGAUGUCCCUUUAACGGUGAAGAUCCGCACUGGUGUUCAGGAGAAGUCCAACAUAGCACACAAACUGAUCCCUGAGAUGAAGGAUUGGGGUGUCUCCAUGAUCACAUUGCACGGCAGAUCGAGGGAGCAGCGCUACACAAAGCUAGCCGACUGGGACUACAUCACCACGUGUGCUAAGCUGGCCAGCCCUGUCCCACUUUUUGGUAACGGAGACAUUCUGUCCUAUGAAGAUGCAAUGAAAGCGAGAGAGACCGGAGUGUCUGGUAUCAUGAUUGCCAGGGGUGCUCUCAUUAAGCCGUGGAUCUUCACUGAGAUCAAGGAGAACCGACACUGGGACAUCUCGUCCAGUGAGCGACUGGAGGUCCUCAAGGACUUCACCAACUUUGGCCUGGAGCACUGGGGCUCCGACACUCGAGGCGUGGAGAAGACGCGCACCUUCAUGCUGGAGUGGCUCUCCUUCAUGUGCAGAUAUAUUCCCGUGGGCCUGUUGGAGCGAGUGCCUCAGAAGAUCAAUGAGAGACCUCCGUACUACAUGGGCAGGAACUAUCUGGAGUCACUGAUGGCCAGUCAGAACGUUGGGGACUGGGUUAGGAUCAGCGAAAUGCUGCUCGGACCUGUACCGAAGAAUUUCAACUUUUUGCCCAAACAUAAAGCCAACGCCUACAAAUGAUUUCUUUCUCUGUCUGUCUACUACAAACAUCCAGGCUUUAUUGUUUGUUUUUUAUCGGUUCUCGAGAACAUGAUCAAGGAUUUUUUUGUGUGUUUUAACUGCUGAAGACUAUUUAAUAGUCUGUUCAUUGAAGCUGUGCUGCAGUAGAAGGACACAUGGGCGUUUGUGUGCUCGACAUGUAUGCAAUAAAGUCUUUUGCCACACUGA